AUGGCUGAGCCACCGUCUUCGCCUCCCAGUGAGGCUGCCGGCGCCGAGGAUGCCCUUGCCUGGUACAAGUCGCAAUACGAGCUCUUGGAGUCUGAGCUGGCCGAGUUCCGAGAGUCUAGUCGGGAAUUGGAGCAGGAACUCGAGAAGGAUAUCGAGCGCGCAGAGAAGCAGGAGAGAAUCCUCAAAGAGAAGGCGGACGCGCUGCGAUUUGAGGUCGAGGAGUGGAAGAGAAAAUAUAAAGAAUCAAAGGCAGAAACCAUUGCUGCCCAGGCCUCACUCGAGAAAGAGAUUACCACACUUCGCGAGGCGAACCGCACAUUAACCCUGAAGCUGAGGGACUCCGAGGUUGCCAACGAUGACUUCGAACGUCAGGCGCGAAACACCACGUCGUCGCUCGAGGACAUGGAGUCAAAGUUCAACCAGGCCGUUGAACGAGGCGUCUUGAUGGAGGAGGAGAUUCGAAUGGGCGAGCAGGAGCGAGAGGCGCUGCGCAUCGAGUCGCAACGAUUGCGAGAGGAGCUGUCGGAGCUCAAGAUCGAGGCCGAGAUGAUGCAGGACAAGAUCAAAAAGUACGAAUCGCGCCACUCGACCAUCUCGUCCGAUAUUUCGCUCCUCGGCUCGCCCACCUUUGACAAGAAAACGGAUGCCUCCGUCGACUCGGCCGCGAGCUCGCCCCUCAUCACCACGCCCCCGGAGAUCACCAAGUCGCUGGGCGAGCCCACGACGGAGCUGCUGGACCCGCCAUCGCCGCCAAUGUCGGAUGCCUCGGCCCAGAUGUCGAGAGGACCCGCGCGGAUGCGGACGCCGAACCCUGCCCCGAUGCGCCGCACGAGGCUGCCGUCGGUGGAUGCGGGCUCGAGAGCUCGUGGAACAACUUCUGCGACGGGCACGAGGGUGGUCACUGGUGGCCGCCCCGGCGGCGCACCUCUACGGACGCCCGGUCACCGAUCCACCGUCUCGCGCAACAGCAACUACAAGAUCCCCGCUUCUAACUCGCUGUCGCACAUCCGCCUGCUCACGGCGCAGAUGCAGCGACUCGAGGCCAGAGUGCACUCGGUGCGCUCCAAGCUCCCGGCGCCGGGCAGCGGCGGCAGCACUCCGCCUCGCCCGGUUUCGCGACCCCCGAUACUUGCUGCACCUCCCAGCUCGUCGACGUCGUCGCUUACCGUUCGGACCCGCAAGCGAGCCACUACACAGUCAACGGUGUCUACGGUGUUUACUGGAGAUGACUUGACACCAACUAGCAGUUAUGCUUCGUCAUCCAGGACCAGCCACACGCCUCGGCUAAGCACGUCGGGCGUUAGCAAGCUCUCGUUUGGCACGCAGUCCAACGGUCGGGGGAACGAAUCGGAGUCCAGCCGGCCAGUCUCGCGAGCCAGCCACACCUCUUACGGCAGGCCGCCAUCUCGCAACGAACUGCCUCCACCGCCGCGGCCAAUGUCGCGAAGCUCCUUCUCAGCGGGAACUCGAACUCCCCUCGGCCGACCAGCGUCUUCUUUUGGCAACUCUGUACGCGGACACUCUGGCAGUGUGAGCGGCGUCGACCUGCUGGGAGAGGACUACGAGCCCGUGUACCGUACGCCUAGCAGGCGAGGCACGUUCUCCACCAGAUACGAUCUAGGAGCAGGCAUCAGUGGCAUCCCGACGCCGGGCACCAACAGUAGCAUUCCCAUGCCGGGCAGCGGGAUUCCGGCCCCGGGCCUGAGGCGGCAGAGCGGAGCCAGGAGAAUCAGCCUUAGCAAUGGCAGCUCCAACAGCGGCGGCGUGCCCAUUCGAUCGGGGCGCGUGAGCACGACUGGAUUCAGGAAACUGGGCGACUUGGGAGAGACUUAUUGA